GAGCGCACUCGGCAGCUUUGCACGAUUGGGUUCGGAUCGUCCGUCUCUGGAGCCGGAGCUCGGACGGUCCUCGGCGGCGGCGGAGGCGGGAGAGACAGACAGACAGACACCCCCCACCCCCGCCCGCCUCCUGCUCCCCGGCUUAGGUCGAGCUGGUUUUCCGGGUUCCCCUGCGCGGACCUGGAUUCAGCUUCUUUGCCUGGGCAGGAAGUGAGUUUCAUGCAGUAAUUCCGGGCGGUGUCACGAGAGAAAACUUUUUUUUUUUUUUGCCUUCCCCUUUUCCUCGGGGGAUCCUGGUUGGGGCGGCUGGGAAACUCGUGUCAAAACUUGAGACCAGGAAACCGGCCUGCGACGCCCCCCUUCUACCCCAAAAGCCGAAGCCAGCCUCCGCUUCCUCUGGCGAGUGGCCGCCCCGCAUCCCCAUUCACAUCCGCCCUCCCCGAGAGAAGAGACCCCGCGGGGGCUGGAGGGGGAGCAGCGUCUUGGGGAGAGGGGCCCCCCAUCAUGCUCUCGCAGGGAGCCUGAAGAAGAGGCCAAGAACUCCGGAGAGGGACCAGGAACAGCUGUCAGCGGAGAGUUACAUGAACAUCUCCAAUAUUAUGAUGAAUCGGAGGUCUGAGGUCUAAGAUCCCAAAUUGCCUCUGAAUCCUUGGUUGUGAACAAGAAGGAGUGGAAAAAUCGGAAUGUUGGCUUUUAGAGCUCAGGGAAGUAACAUCAGGGAGAUAACCGCAAUCCAGUGUGCCUGAAAAUGACUACAAAGCGAAAUUUGUUUGUGCGGUUGGUGCCAUGUCGUUGUCUUCGAGGAGAAGAAGAACCAGUCACCACCCUCGAUUACUCUCAUUGCAGUUUGGAACAGGUGCCCAAGGAAAUUUUCACUUUUGAAAAAACCUUGGAAGAACUUUAUUUAGAUGCUAAUCAGAUUGAAGAGCUUCCUAAGCAACUUUUUAACUGUCAGUCUCUACACAAACUGAGUUUGCCAGACAAUGAUUUAACAACAUUGCCAGCAUCCAUUGCAAAUCUCAUAAAUCUCAGGGAACUAGAUGUCAGCAAAAAUGGAAUUCAGGAGUUUCCAGAAAAUAUAAAGAACUGUAAGGUUCUGACGAUUGUUGAGGCCAGCGUAAAUCCCAUUUCAAAACUUCCGGAUGGAUUUUCUCAACUGUUAAACCUAACUCAGCUGUAUCUGAAUGAUGCUUUCCUUGAGUUCUUGCCAGCCAAUUUUGGCAGGUUAACAAAACUUCAGAUUUUGGAACUUAGAGAAAACCAGUUAAAAAUGUUGCCCAAAACCAUGAAUAGACUUACUCAGCUGGAAAGAUUGGAUUUGGGAAGUAAUGAAUUCACAGAAGUGCCUGAAGUACUUGAACAACUGAAUGGGUUAAAAGAAUUUUGGAUGGAUGGUAAUAGACUGACUUUUAUUCCAGGGUUGAUUGGUAGUUUGAAGCAGUUAACUUACUUGGAUGUUUCAAAGAACAACAUUGAAAUGGUUGAAGAAGGAAUUUCAGGAUGUGAAAGCCUUGAAGACCUGCUACUGUCUAGCAAUUCACUUCAACAACUGCCAGAGUCUAUUGGCUCAUUAAAGAAAUUAACAACACUUAAAAUAGAUGAAAACCAGUUAAUGUAUUUACCAGACUCAAUAGGAGGACUUGUAUCAGUAGAAGAAUUGGACUGUAGUUUCAAUGAAAUAGAAGCUUUGCCCUCCUCCAUUGGGCAACUUUCUAACAUAAGAACGUUUGCUGCAGCUCACAAUUACUUACAGCAGUUACCACCAGAGAUUGGCAGCUGGAAGCAUGUUACUGUGCUUUUUCUCCAUUCUAAUAAACUUGAGACUCUUCCAGAAGAAAUGGGUGAUAUGCAAAAAUUAAAAGUCAUUAAUUUGAGUGACAACAGGAUGAAGAAUUUGCCCUUUAGUUUUACAAAGCUACAGCAGCUGACUGCUAUGUGGCUCUCAGAUAACCAGUCCAAACCCCUAAUACCUCUUCAAAAAGAGACUGAUCCAGAAACACAGAAAAUGGUGCUUACAAACUACAUGUUCCCUCAGCAGCCAAGGACUGAAGAUGUUAUGUUCAUAUCAGAUAAUGAAAGUUUUAAUCCUUCUUUGUGGGAGGAACAAAGGAAGCAGCGGGCUCAAGUGGCAUUUGAAUGUGAUGAAGACAAAGAUGAAAGGGAGGCACCUCCCAGGGAGGGAAAUCUGAAGAGAUAUCCAACACCAUAUCCAGAUGAACUUAAAAAUAUGGUCAAAACAGUUCAAACAAUUGUCCAUAGAUUAAAAGAGGAAGAAAUGACCGAGAGCUCUGGGAAAGAUUCACAGCCUCAUGACGAUCAGCAAAAUGCCAUAAGAGAUGUCGGUGUGAAGACUUCAGAAACUACUCCAAUAAAAAGCAAAGCAGAAGAUAGAGAAAAGUAUGUAAUAGGAAACUGUGUACAAAAGAACAGUGAGCCUGAAGGUGAGAACAGUGCUGGAAGUCCACAAAUGAUCCCCCAGGGUAAAACUUCUGAGAACACAAAGAAAAUUGUCAACCAAGAGGACUUGCUUGAGGAGUCUGAAGAACUUUCUUCUGAUGAAGAGAUGAAAAUGGCAGAGAUGCGACCGCCAUUAAUUGAAACUUCAAUUAAUCAGCCAAAAGUGGUGGCACUUAGCAAUAACAAAAAAGAUGAUAAGGACACUGAUUCUUUAUCAGAUGAAGCCACACACAACAGCAACCAAAAUAACAGCAAUUGCUCCUCUCCGUCUCGAAUGUCAGAUUCAGUUUCUCUUAAUACUGAUAGUAGCCAAGACAUUUCAUUGUGCUCUCCAUUGAAAGAAACACAUAUUGCUGUUAUUUCCAAAAUAAGGCAAGAAGAUGAAAAUUUUAAUAACCUUUUGCAAAAUGGUAGUGAUUUAAGCAGCUCAACAGAAGAAAAAUGCAAAGUCCAUGAGAAAAAAAUUUUCAAUUUGACCGAAUAUGAAUUGAACAUUGAAGAAAGAUUGUCUCUAUUAGAGAAGGAUGUUGAUCUAAAAACCACUACUGAAGAUUCUCAAAAAUUAGACCAAAUCAACAGAAAUCUUAAUAAACGCACAAUUAAUAAUAUAUUUCAGUCAGAUACCAUGGAAAGAUCAAAGAUAACUCAAGAACUAGGAUCAGGAAAAGGCCUUUUAAUUAAUAAUGCUAAAGAGGAAACUGAGCGCUUGGAAAAUGGAAAUAAGUAUCCAAAUUUAGAUGCUAUAAAUAAGCUUAAUGGACAUUCUGUAGACCUUACAGAGUCUCCUCAGAGGACUGAACAACUAAAGGACCCUGCCCUUGAUUCUGAGCCUUCUGUGGAUAUGUGUGUUUCCAAAAGUAUUGAAGAUUUGUCCCCCCAACGAAGUGGACCAGUAGGAGCUGUUAUAAAAUCUCAUAGUAUAACAAAUAUGGAGACUGGAGGACUAAAAAUAUAUGAAAUUUUGAGUGAUAAUUGUCCACAGCAGCCAAAUUCAACAGUUAAAGCAGUCUCGUCUGUCAUUGAUGGAAAAAACAUAGUCCGGAGUAAGUCGGCUACACUUCUCUAUGAUCAGCCUUUGCAAGUGUUUCCUGGCUCCUCCUCAUCUUCUGACUUAAUGUCAUGUACAAAAGCCAUAUACAAGUUUGAUUCAAAUCACAACCCAGAAGAUAUUAAUAUAGGAAGGAGUUCUGGAACAUCUGGUACGCAGUUUGCACCUCAAAUGUAUGGUCCCCCACAAUAUAACGUCCAGUACAGUAGCAAUGCUGCAGUCAAGGAUACUUUGUGGCACUCCAAACAGAAUGCCCAAGUUGAUCAAGGCAAUUUACCUCCUCCACGUCUUCUUAGAUCAGAAAGCACAGAAAACCCUAAUUAUGCUAAACAUUCUGCAAAUAUGAAUUUCUCGAACCAUAACAAUGUUCGAGCUAAUGCUUCGUACAACUUACAUCAAAGGAUGGGACCAGCAAGGCACAUGGAGAUGUGGGCAGUCCCACCAAAUGAUAGACUUGUUCCUGGAGCAAGCCGAAAUACACUUCAGAGACAAAGUAGCAUCUCCUCUACAGCCUCUGUAAAUCUUGGUGACCCAGGUCCCACUCGGAGACCCCAGGUUCCUGAAGGAGAUUAUUUAACAUAUCGAGAAUUGCAUUCGGUGGGAAGAGCUCCACUGAUGAUGUCAGGAUCACAGAGACCCCUUUCUGCAAGAGCCUAUAGUAUAGAUGGUCCAAAUGUACCUCGGCCUCAGAGUGCUCGACCCUCUGUUAAUGAAAUACCAGAAAGAACUAUGUCAGUUAGUGAUUUUAAUUAUUCACGGACUAGUCCUUCAAAAAGACCAAAUCCACGAGUCAGUUCUGAGCAUUCUUUGUUAGAACCUCCAGGAAAAAGUAAAGUCCCUCAUGAUUGGAGAGAACAAGUACUGCGACACAUUGAGGCUAAAAAACUAGAAAAGAGCAUGCUGUCUAGGUCCUUUAAUUCCAAUUUUGCUGCAGUAAGCAGCUUUCACUAUGGCAGCUCUAGGGAUCUGCACGGCAGCCAAGGCAGUCUUGCCUUGAGUGUUGCAGACGGAAGAGGUUCUGGUGGGCACAUUUUUCGUCACCCCCAGACAUGCGAUAGUCCGGGAGAUCCGUGCCAAGAUGAUGUAUUCCUUUCAGGACAGCAGAACUACUCAUCUGCUACACAUAGUCACAAAGAUGUUCCUCCAGACAGCUUGAAGAAAAUGCCUUUGAGUAAUGGACAGAUGUGCCAGCCUCCCAGGCCUCAGGCAAAUUAUAGUCAAGUCCAUCACCCCCCUCCUCAGGCAUCUGUGGCAAGGCAUCCCUCUAGAGAACAACUAAUUGAUUACUUGAUGCUGAAAGUGGCCCACCAGCCUCCAUAUAUACAGUCCCAAUGUUCUCCUAGACAAGUCCAUGAACUGGCAAAACAAGAGAUUCGAGUAAGAGUUGAAAAGGAUCCAGAGCUCGGAUUUAGCAUAUCAGGAGGUGUUGGGGGAAGAGGAAAUCCUUUCAGACCUGAUGAUGAUGGCAUAUUUGUUACCAGGGUACAGCCUGAAGGACCAGCAUCAAAACUAUUGCAACCUGGAGACAAAAUUAUUCAGGCUAAUGGCUACAGUUUCAUCAAUAUUGAUCAUGGACAAGCAGUAUCCUUGCUAAAAACUUUCCAGAACACAGUUGAACUCAUCAUCAUACGAGAGAUUUCUUCAUAAGCACUGUGGACUAAAGGAAAAGUCAGCAAGAUUCAUUGCAAGACAUCUGUGGAGAAACUGAAUAGACUAUUUUUAUAUAUGAAAAGGAACUUGAAAGAUUAUGUGAAAAAUUUGUACAUUAAUGAAAUUCUGAACUUGUGGUUAGAGGGCAAGAACCACUGUAUGGAACAUAGAAGGAACUGUUUAGAGAAUCAUCUGGUGAAUAAAUCUCAUUAGAUUUUUAAACAUUAUAACAAUCAAAGUUACAAGAACAAACCUGUAUUGUUCUUGUAUAGAUUGUAGAUUUAUUUUUUGAUAACUCAUACACAUUACUAAACUUUGUUCAAGGCUUUGGACUGAUGGCAGGGCUGUCUGUCCUGUAGCUGUUUAUGCCUUUAUUUUUAUUCACCUCACCUGGUAUUAAUAUUUUCUGCUGAAACCACUUAUGUAAAUGUGGGCAAGAGAUUUGAAAUGUUGGUUUUUGCUACGUGCACAUUGUAUAGAUGAAUGGGUAGAUGAAGGUGGUGUUGGUUGGGUUCAUUUCCAAGGCUAGAUAAAAGUUAUUUCCAAUCACAGUCUGGAAGCAAAGAGAAUGAAAAAAAAAAAUGCUUGUCUACCAAAAGAAUAAUGCAAUAAAACAUGUAAUGUCUUUUUUUUUUUAAAUAAAAAGACUGUAAUUACAUUUUAUGAGCUCUACAGGAUCUGUUCUUGCCGUAGCCAUUGACUAUUCAUCUGCUAUUGGUGAUUGAAGUUUUAUUUUUUUAGUUACAAAAAAAUUUUUACCUCUUAUUGUCUAUAUCCCCAUACAUUUUUCUUUGCCAUGAAAAUCCCCUGAUUUUGUGCAAAUGGUGGUACUUUUUAAUCUGAUCUGUAAUCAGUACUCCAUUUUAAGCUUAUUUAUAGAUGUUUGUUUUUUUUGUUUUGUUUUGUUUUUAAAUGAAACUGAAAUGGCCAGUUUUUAAGACGUGUUACCUGUAACACUCAUGGAAUGCAUGAUGCAGGAAGGGUCAGGGAAGCCAUCUUGAUUUUGUUUGGCCUUGCAUUGCCUUCUUAAAUUAAAAAGAAACAAUACGCAUGGAGCUAGGUAACCAAAGCAAGUUUGUGAAACAGUGGCACAGUGAUGGAGAAUUGCUGUGGAAAGUUAUUUAGCAAAGGGAUGGGUCUGUUAGACCUACUGGUUUGUAAUGAUCUUCAUUUAAGGGCUGUUCCUACAGGUAACAUUAAAUGUGAACUAGACACUUCAGAGUCAUUAAAGGGUUUCUAACUAUUAAUAUAAUUGUGAUUUACCACCAGCUGCCUUUGUUCCUUAUUACUGUAUAAAAUAUUUGAUGGUAUGUUUAUUAAUUUUGUUCACCAGAACUAUUUUAUUUUAUCAUUUCUCCUUUGUAAUUGAGUAGAGAUUGAAUAAUGUGCAGUGGUAAGAAUUAAUGCAUGGUUGUUUGGACCAGGGAAAAGUGCCAUAGAAGACCAAUAACUGUUUUUAAUCAAGGCUAAUCAUUAGCCUUUCAUGAUAGCAAUAUUCGGUUAUUGCAAUUCAUUUUUAAUUAAGAAAUGUAAGUUGAUGAUUUUAAACUGAUACACAUUGUUCUUCAACCCAAAUGUAAUGAAGACUUUUUAUAUAGGGCUAGUGGAAAAAAAACCAACCUACUUUUUUUUUUUUUUUUUUUUGGAAAAGUGAGUUGGAAAGAAAUGUUCCUUCUUUGCUAGUCAAAAUAAAUAGGCAGUACUUUUUAAAUACAUGAACUCAAAUAUUAUUGCACUUCUUUGAAGUUGUUACGGCUUAUUGUACUGUAUAGUUUUAAAAAUUUAAUUGAAACCCUUUAACAACUCUUUGUAUAUUUUAACUCAUUUUAGUUGAUUUUCAGUAAUAUUUACAUAGGAAUUGAUUUUUUGGAUAUAUUAGAAGAAAUGUGCUGUAUUUUGAUAAAAUUCACUUAUUGUAUGUGUGUUGUAAUCUCUAAAGAAAAGAAUGACAGAGCUUCUAUAUUAUAAGCCUCAGUGUUCCCUUUAUUCUCAGAUUUCUUUUCUGAUGUUAUUUUGACAUUUGCAACAAUCUUCACAUUUCAUUGCUUUAAAUCACAUUCUGCCUUUGAAAAGGGAUUACACAGAAUAUGUGUGUGUUUUUUUUUCUGUAUCUGCUAACUUAAUUUGAUCAUCUACGCAGCCUAUAAUCUUAGAGAGUGAAAGAAAGUCCAAAAGAACUGAUUCUUUGCUGAGCUGGCCUUAAGUUAAUUUUCAUAUACCAUAUAACUGAUUUAAAUACCAUAAGUGCAACAAGUUAUACAUUAUUCUGUAUUAAAUUAAUGGUUUCUAAACCUUUUAUUUCAAUUUAACCAGUAAUUCAUAGAGUACCCCAGUUUUUGUUACCAGGAAUGUGCAAUGAGAUGAAAAACUGCACAGGUUCCACAUUAUUUAUUUAUUGUUCAACCCCAAACUCAUUCCCAAAAUAUUAAAAGUCUUAACAUCAAAUGUCAUUUUACUUAGCGAGUAAAGAUUUUUUUAUAAUUAUAGUGUUUUGAUGAUUGUUUCCAUUUAGAAAGAGAAAGGAAAGGAAACGUAUAGGUAUAUGUAGUUUUAAGAAAGUUGUAAAGUCAUUCUUAGUUUAAAAUCCAGUCCAUGUAAGGACCGUCACCCCCAAUACUUAAUUUCAUUUUAAUGAAUAUGUGAUAGAAAAUCUUAAGCCAGAAUCAAUAUUUUUCCAUAGCAUGUUUCUUAUCUGGGAUUUUUUAAACUAAUAAAAAUGAAACUAGAAUAAUUUAUUCAGUAUAAAGUUGUUUCCACAAACACAAGAUAUCUUCAUAUUUUGUGACAGCUCAUUAAAGAAUUGGUUUGAAUGAUAUAGAGAAAUUUUGAAAUUUCCCUUGUAUUUAUUUUGUAAAUAUUUUUCUGACUAUUUGGAUUGGAGUUUUGAAAAGCGUGGGUGUGGAUAUGAAUGAGAAUGAGUGGGGAUGUGUGUAUAUGUGUGUGUAUGUAUAUAUAUAUAUAUGUUAUAUAUACUUGAAAGCAUCUUCUGAACACAAUCAUAGCAAUAAGCAACACAGAAUUGAGCCUUUAAUAUUAAUUUGCUGUAAUUUUUUCCCAAAAUUUUCCCAUGUCAGCAGCUAUGUAAUGUUUUUAUCGAUCAGCAUUUAUUCAACAUUCCAAAUUUUUGUAUAUAACUAGAUUGUUUCUGAGGUAACACCUGAAGAAUAGAUAAUAAACUAAUGAUCUUUAAA